UGAAGCAGACCGGAGACUGGGCUUUGGGGCUGUUUCCAUCUCCAUUUAAGAUCCGAUGCGUAAAUUGAAGCAUUUUAUUAUGGUCACCAAACACCCCGAUGCAUAAACUAUGGAGACACAAUAAACAGAUCGAUGAUGUCACAGCCUCGCUGCGCCUCCCCUGCGGUCUGCUGGAACUGGACCAUCUGAGUAUUUUCUCCACGCUCCAAACUUUUUUUUUUUAUAUAUAUAUAUCUCGGCUCCACCGUGCGCUGAGUGGGAGCACCGGGGCGGGGGCAGUGGGUGUGAUGCCGGUGAACGUGUGGUCGCCGCCGCCGCAGCGCGCUCUCUGCGGUUCGACAGCGAUAACGGAGCGGAGCGGAGCUCUAUGGUGAAGGACUGCGGCUCAUCAGGAUGCGGGUCCUGUGGGGUCUCCUCUGCCCCGUCCUCUCCCUCACCAUCUUCGGACUGUGCCCGUCUGUGACUAUCGGCCCUAAGGAAGGCUGGCAGGUGUACAGCUCAGCCCAGGAUGCGGAUGGACGCUGUAUCUGCACAGUGGUGGCACCAGAGCAGAGUCUGUGCUCCAGGGACGCCAAGAGCAGGCAGCUGCGCCAGCUGCUAGAGAAGGUGCAAAACAUGUCUCAGUCCAUUGAGGUGCUGAACCUGAGAACUCAGAGGGAUUUCCAAUAUGUCAUGAAGAUGGAGAACCAGAUGAAAGGCCUGAGGACCAAGUUCAGACAGAUUGAGGACGACAGGAAAUCCAUCAUGGCCAGAAACUUUCAGGAGCUUAAGGACAAGAUGGACGAGCUGAAGCCACUGAUCCCCGUGCUGGAGCAGUACAAGAUGGAUGCCGCCCUCAUCUCGCAGUUCAAGGAGGAGAUCCGGAACCUGUCGACGGUGCUGACGGGCAUCCAGGAGGAGCUCGGGGCCUACGACUACGACGAGCUGUACCAGCGCGUGCUGCGGCUGGACGGCCGGCUGCGCGGCUGCAUGGGCAAACUGACGUGUGGGAAAUUAAUGAAAAUCACCGGACCUGUUACGAUGAAGACAUCAGGAACGCGGUUCGGCGCCUGGAUGACUGAUCCUCUAGCAACCGGAAGCAACAGGGUCUGGUACAUGGACAGUUACACCAACAGCAAGAUCGUGCGCGAGUUCAAAACCAUGGAGGACUUCGUGGCAGGGGUGGUUUCCCGAACCUACAGCCUCCCGUUCAAGUGGGAGGGAACCAACCACAUCGUCUACAACGGGUCGCUGUACUACAACAAGUACCAGAGCAACAUCAUCGUCAAGUACAGCUUCGAGACGGGCAGCGUCCUGGCCCAGCGGGCGCUGGAGUUCGCCGGCUUCCACAACAUGUACCCGUACACGUGGGGGGGGUACUCCGACAUCGACGUCAUGGCCGACGAACUGGGAAUGUGGGCGGUGUACGCCACCAACCAGAACGCGGGGAACGUGGUGAUCUCCCAGGUGGACCCCGACACCCUGCACGUCCUGAGGACCUGGAACACGGAGUACUCCAAGCGCAACGCGGGCGAGUCCUUCAUGAUCUGCGGGACGCUCUACGUCACCAACUCCCACCUGUCGGGAGCCAAGGUCUACUACGCCUACUCCACCAAGACGUCCACCUACGAGUACAUAGACAUACCGUUCCACAACCAGUACUUUCACAUCUCCAUGCUCGACUACAACGCGCGAGAGCGAGCGCUGUACGCCUGGAAUAACGGGCACCAGGUCAUAUUCAACGUCACCCUGUUUCACGUCAUAAAGACCGAGGAUGACUCCUAAACGUCGUUUAUAACGCGAGGACCCGCGAAUGCACUGAACCCUCCUCUGUCGGGACCGUGUUGUCUUCAGUCGCCACUUGUGGCCGGAUGAGAUUCUGGACACCUGUUUGACACCUCCAUUGCUGCUGGGCAGACUGGUUUUUGCCUGCUUUGCUGUAUUGACUCCAGCAGCUGAGGACGCUUUUGCAUGAAUGCUCAUUGUGUCUCCAGCUUUUCAUUACAGCUUUGUAGAGAUCUUACUCGUGUGCUUUGCUUAAAGUAUUUGCAUUUUUGUCGAAAUAAAAAAAGUCUAUUUGAAGUUUGUCUAAAGGCAACGUGCUGUGUAUAUUUGCCAUCUAUUUGAAGCUGAGUAUAAAAUGUAUGAUGCGACCUGUAAGAUAAGAUAUUGUUGUUCUGUAUGUCUCUGUGGAAGAACAUUUGUAUUUUUUAUAAAUGAAAAUCGUAGCAACAUGUCUGUGCAUUUUCAUUAAAAUAAAAGGUACUGUACAUUUUAAAAUGAUUGAAAAUGAAUCAUUUGAUUUUUGUUGCCUGGGGUUUUAAGUGCAAACAGACUGAGGUACUGGUGUCGACUGUAUGUACAGUUUUUGUACAUACAUUACAAAUUUGUUUUGUUACUUCUACAGUUCACCUGUGUCAUUGAGAUCAGAUCUGAAUAUACAAAGUACAGAAUCAUAGAACAAAUGAAUAUGAAAGCUUUAUUGUUUCUGUAUCAGUGGUAAAAUUGUGUUUGUUGAAAGAAACAAGAGAUGCUCUUGGUUAAGUGAAAGGAAGAACUAAAAGUCACAGCAACAAUUCUCACUCA